GCUAUGGCCCCUCAGCAAACAGGUAGCAGGAAGCGGAAAGCCUCCGAGAUCGAGGAGGGCGCAGGGAGCUCUGCAUCGCCCAGCCAGGCAGCUGUGGCUGCGGGGACCAACUGCACCAAUGGACCAUUGCUGGUGGCCAAGAGGCCGCGGCGGCCCACGGCUCCCCGCUCCUUGGUGCACUACCUGACGGGCCGCGCGCUGGGCGCAGAGAGCUACCCCGGGCUCGAGGGCUUCGAGGGCGACCUGCGCAGCUACAGGGUCCUCAGACUGCCCGAGCUGCUGAGGGAGCGCCAGCUGGCCCUUGGCCCCCUCAACAAAGUGUUCGCUUCGCAGUGGCUAAAUGCCAGGCAGGUAGUGUGUGGCACAAAGUGCAACACGCUCUUCGUGAUAGAUGUCCAGACUGGCCGGAUUACUCGCAUUCCCCUGAUGAGGGACAGAGGGCCUGGACAAACUCGUGCCCAGCCCACCUGUGGCAUCCACGCCAUCCAGCUGAAUCCCUCCAGGAGUCUCCUGGCCACAGGAGGUGAAAACCCCAACAGUCUAGCAGUCUACCAGCUACCCACACUAGACCCUGUGUGCUUAGGGGACCGCCAAGGCCACAGAGACUGGAUCUUUGCUAUUGCGUGGAUGAGUGAUACCGUGGCUGUGAGUGGUUCACGCGAUGGCACCGUGGCACUCUGGCGGGUGGAUCCUGACGUGUUCAGUGGCAGCACUCCCUGGCACAAUAAUUCAGGGAUUCCACGGUAUUCACACAUUCGCCCAAGGGACAUGGAAGCCAUCCCCAGGGCCACCUCUAACCCGGGUAACCGCAAAGUGAGGGCCCUUGCAUUCAGUGGCAAAAACCAAGAGCUGGGAGCUGUGUCCCUGGAUGGCUACUUCCACCUGUGGAAAGCCAGGAGCUCCCUGUCUAGGCUGCUGUCCCUAAGGCUGCCCUACUGCCGGGAGAAUGUGUGUCUCACCUACUGUGAUGAGUUGUCCCUUUAUGCUGUGGGAUCUCAGUCUCAUGUUUCAUUCCUGGAUCCAAGACAACGCCAGCAGAACAUCAGGCCCUUGUGUUCCCGAGAGGGAGGCACAGGUGUGCGUUCUCUGAGCUUCUACCAGCACAUCAUCACCGUGGGCACUGGCCAUGGCUCUCUACUCUUCUAUGACAUCCGUGCCCAGAAGUUCCUGGAAGAGAGGGCCUCAGGCAGUCCAGACUCUUUUCUAGGGUGCACAGGGAGGAAGCUCAAACUCAUUUGUGGCAGAGGCUGGCUCAACCAAGAUGAACUCUGGGUGAACUACCUUGGUGGCACCGAGGAUUUUCGCAAUGCGCUCUACACUCACUGCUACAACUGGCCUGAGAUGAAGCUCUUCGUCGGUGGUGGUCCACUCCCUUCAGGCCUCCAUGGCAACUAUGCAGGUCUCUGGAGUUAA